AUGGACCAAAACAAUUACAGUUCUCUUCACAGUUUUGUUCUGCUUGGUUUCUCUGACCAUCCCAAACUGGAGAUGGUCCUAUCAGGAGUUGUCACUAUCUUCUACUUCAUUACAUGGGUGGGUAACACAGCCAUCAUCCUUGCAUCUCUGCUGGAUCCCCAUCUUCAAACUCCAAUGUAUUUUUUCCUUAGGAAUUUAUCUUUCCUGGAUCUGUGCUUCACAACUAGCAUCGUCCCUCAAAUGCUGGUUAACUUGUGGGGACCUCACAAGACCAUCAGCUAUGUGGGCUGUGUCACUCAACUCUAUGUUUAUAUGUGGUUGGGGUCCUCUGAGUGUCUCCUCCUCGCUGUUAUGUCCUAUGAUCGUUUCAUAGCUAUCUGUAAGCCCUUGCAUUACUUGGUAAUCAUGAAUCCACAUUUCUGUCUCAAGAUGGUAAUCACAGUCUGGAGCAUUAGUUUGGCCAACUCUGUAGUCUUAUGUACACUCACCCUGAAUUUACCUCGAUGUGGAAACAAUCUUCUGGAUCAUUUCUUGUGUGAGUUGCCAGCUAUGGUCAAAAUAGCUUGUAUAGACACCACAACAGUUGAAAUGUCUGUUUUUGCUUUAGGCAUUGUCAUUGUCCUUACACCCCUCAGCCUUAUUCUUAUAUCCUAUGGCUACAUUGCCAAAGCUGUGCUCACAAUAAAGUCAAAAGCAAGCCAACAAAAAGCAAUUAAUACCUGUGGAUCUCAUCUCACUGUUGUGUCCAUCUUCUAUGGAACUAUUAUCUACAUGUACUUACAGCCAGGUAACAGUGCCUCCCAAGACCAGGGCAAGUUCCUCACCCUCUUUUACACAAUCAUCACUCCAAGUCUCAACCCUCUUGUUUAUACCCUGCGGAAUAAGGACAUGAAGAAUGCACUGAGGAAACUCGUGAGAGUUGACAUGAAUCUACAAAAUUGA